UCUGACAUCAUGACGCUCUCACUCCUCGCGCUCACGCUUGCGCUGCCCGCGGUACUUGCGCUCGACAAUGGCCUCGCGCGGACGCCCCAGAUGGGUUGGAACACCUGGAACCACUUCGGGUGCGGGAUCAGCGAGGACACCAUCCUCAGUGCUGCGAAGGCGAUGGUCUCCAACAACCUGACUGCCUUUGGCUAUGAGUAUGUCAUCAUGGACGACUGUUGGCACGCGGCUGCCCGAGACCCCGACACGGGCGCGCCUGUUGCGGAUGCCACAAAGUUCCCGAACGGGAUCAAGGCGCUCGCCGACGAGGUGCACGGGCUGGGUCUUAAGUUUGGGAUUUACAGCAGCGCCGGAACCUAUACCUGUGGCGGAAGGUUCGGGUCGCUCGACCAUGAGGAGAUCGACGCGCAGACGUACGCGUCGUGGGGGGUCGACUACCUCAAGUACGACAACUGCUUCAACGAGGGCCGCGCCGGGACCCCGAAGAUCUCCUAUGAUCGGUUCAAUAACAUGAGUCGUGCCCUGAACGCGACUGGCCGGCCCAUUCUGUACUCGAUGUGCAACUGGGGUGAGGACGGCCCCUGGAACUUUGCAGUGGAUAUUGCCAACAGCUGGCGUAUCUCUGGGGACAUCCACGAUGACUUCGACCGUUUCGAUGACCGCUGCCCGUGCACGGAUAUUCUGGAUUGCAAGCUCCCUGGCUUCCACUGCGCCAUGUCGCGCAUCAUCGACUUCGCUGCACCGGUCGGGCAGAAGGCCGGUGCCGGCAAAUGGAACGACCUCGACAUGCUCGAGGUGGGCAACGGGGGCAUGACCUUCGAUGAAUACGUCACGCACUUCUCCAUGUGGGCACUCGUGAAGAGCCCGCUUAUCCUCGGAAACGACGUGACCGAUAUGACCAACGAGACCCUGUCAAUCAUUACGAACGACGCGCUCAUCGCCGUCAACCAAGACUCCAACGGCUCCCCCGCGAACCGCAUCUGGAAGCGCACAGUUGCCGAAGGCGGUGAUCUGCAGCUCUGGUCCGGCAGCCUCGCGAACAACCAAUUCGUCUUCGCGCUCAUGAACACCUCGCCGAACGCGCAGACCGUGAACGUGUCCUUCGCGGACGUGUUCGUCGACCAGGGCGCCGCGUUCGCCGCCGGGACGUUCACGCUCUACGAUCUCUGGCAGAAGGACGACGCGGGCGCGUGGGGGAAGAGCCUCGGGGACUUCUCCGGGAGCGUGCCGAGCGUGGAGGUCGGCACGCACCAGACGAAGGUGUGGAAGGCGGUGCCGAAGUCGACGAACGCGCGGAGGCGCGACAGGCGGGACUUAUGACUCGUGCCAGUGGCAUUAGCUUUGGGCGUGGUGGUGGGCGGGGGCGCGAUGGCGUGGUUUACCAGGUUCCGGAAGGAGGAGAAAAGGAGGGUGGAUCUGAAGAAGACUUUGUAGCUCCCGAGCUUUGAAAACUUGACACUGAAUCGCGCUGGAUUUUGUAGGUUACCGUCGGAUGUGAUGUACUUGUCGUUGUACUACUCUUCGCUCUCCUUAUAUCUUGCUGUACGCC